AUGGUGCACAUAGCCAGGCCACUGCUGAUGCUCCUUGCCUUCUUCCUCCACGCGGAUGCUGAGACACCUCCAAGAUUCACACGAACUCCCGUUGACCAGACAGGGGUCUCUGGUGGAGUUGCCUCCUUCAUUUGCCAAGCUACAGGAGACCCAAGACCUAAAAUUGUCUGGAACAAAAAAGGAAAGAAAGUCAGCAAUCAGAGAUUUGAGGUAAUAGAGUUUGACGAUGGAUCUGGAUCAGUUCUCAGAAUACAGCCCUUACGGACUCCACGUGAUGAGGCCAUUUAUGAAUGUGUGGCUUCGAAUAACGUGGGAGAAAUAAGCGUGUCCACCAGACUCACAGUUUUACGUGAGGAUCAAAUUCCCCGGGGCUUCCCUACUAUUGAUAUGGGCCCACAGCUGAAGGUGGUUGAGCGUACACGCACCGCCACCAUGCUCUGUGCAGCCAGUGGGAAUCCGGAUCCAGAAAUCACUUGGUUCAAAGAUUUCUUACCCGUCGAUACAAGCAACAACAAUGGCCGUAUUAAGCAGUUACGAUCAGGUGGUACACCAAUAAGAGGAGCCCUUCAGAUCGAACAGAGCGAAGAAUCUGACCAAGGAAAAUAUGAGUGUGUUGCCACCAACAGCGCGGGCACUCGCUAUUCUGCCCCUGCCAAUUUAUAUGUCAGAGUUCGCCGUGUCCCACCAAGAUUCUCUAUCCCACCCACUAAUCAUGAGAUCAUGCCAGGUGGAAGUGUUAAUAUCACCUGUGUGGCUGUGGGGUCACCAAUGCCUUAUGUGAAGUGGAUGUUGGGGGCAGAAGAUCUGACACCUGAAGAUGAUAUGCCAAUAGGAAGAAAUGUCCUAGAACUGAAUGAUGUAAGACAGUCAGCAAAUUACACCUGUGUAGCUAUGUCGACACUGGGUGUCAUUGAAGCAAUAGCACAGAUCACUGUCAAAGCCUUACCCAAACCUCCAGGAACUCCUGUCGUGACUGAGAGUACAGCUACAAGCAUCACUCUGACAUGGGACUCCGGGAACCCUGAGCCCGUCUCUUACUACAUCAUUCAGCAUAAACCUAAAAAUUCGGAGGAACCUUACAAAGAAAUCGAUGGAGUGGCGACAACACGCUACAGUGUCGCCGGGCUAAGCCCCUACUCGGAUUAUGAGUUCAGGGUGGUUGCCGUCAAUAACAUUGGGCGGGGGCCUCCCAGUGAGCCUGUGCUGACGCAGACCUCGGAGCAAGCCCCGUCCAGUGCCCCGCGGGACGUCCAGGCACGGAUGUUGAGUUCCACCACCAUUUUGGUUCAGUGGAAGGAGCCUGAAGAACCAAAUGGACAGAUUCAGGGAUACAGAGUUUAUUAUACAAUGGAUCCCACUCAGCAUGUCAACAACUGGAUGAAACACAAUGUAGCUGACAGCCAGAUCACUACUAUAGGCAACUUAGUGCCCCAGAAAACGUAUUCUGUCAAAGUCCUGGCUUUUACCUCAAUUGGAGAUGGUCCUCUUUCAAGUGACAUUCAAGUCAUUACUCAGACAGGAGUCCCAGGGCAGCCACUCAAUUUCAAGGCAGAACCUGAAUCCGAAACAAGUAUUUUGCUCUCUUGGACGCCUCCACGUUCAGACACCAUCGCCAGCUAUGAACUGGUCUACAGAGAUGGGGAGCAUGGGGAGGAGCAGCGGACCAGCAUUGAGCCAGGGGCGUCUUACAGACUGCAAGGGCUGAGGCCAAACAGCUUGUAUUAUUUCCGUCUGGCAGCGCGCUCUCCCCAAGGCCUGGGAGCUUCCACAGCGGAAAUAUCAGCCAGAACCAUGCAGUCAAAGCCGUCAGCUCCUCCUCAAGACAUUAGUUGCACCAGUCCAAGUUCCACUAGUAUUUUGGUAAGUUGGCAACCUCCACCAGUGGACAAACAGAAUGGCAUUAUUACUGAAUACUCCAUCAAGUAUACUGCAGUGGAUGGAGAAGAUGACAAACCUCACGAGAUUUUGGGAAUCCCUUCGGACACUACCAAAUACCUUUUGGAACAGCUGGAAAAAUGGACUGAAUACCGGAUCACUGUGACAGCCCACACUGAUGUCGGCCCUGGCCCUGAGAGCUUGUCCGUGUUGAUUCGAACCGAUGAAGAUGUUCCUAGUGGUCCUCCUCGCAAAGUCGAGGUAGAGGCUGUCAACUCAACAUCUGUUAAAGUCUCGUGGCGCUCACCCGUGCCCAAUAAACAGCAUGGCCAGAUAAGAGGAUACCAGGUGCAUUAUGUGAGGAUGGAAAAUGGUGAGCCCAAGGGCCAGCCCAUGCUGAAGGACGUCAUGCUGGCUGAUGCACAGUGGGAAUUUGAUGAUACUACUGAACAUGACAUGAUUAUUUCUGGGCUCCAGCCUGAAACUUCCUACUCCCUCACUGUCACAGCUUACACCACCAAAGGAGACGGAGCUCGCAGCAAACCCAAGCUGGUGUCCACCACAGGGGCAGUUCCAGGGAGACCCCGGCUUGUGAUUAACCACACUCAGAUGAAUACAGCCCUCAUUCAGUGGCACCCCCCGGUGGACACAUUUGGACCCCUCCAGGGCUACCGUCUAAAAUUUGGCCGAAAGGAUGUGGAACCGCUUACUACUCUUGAGUUCUCUGAAAAGGAAGAUCACUUCACGGCAACAGAUAUCCACAAAGGAGCAUCGUACAUCUUCAGGCUCUCGGCCAGAAACAAAGUGGGCUUUGGGGAGGAGAUGGUGAAGGAGAUUUCUGUACCAGAAGAAGUUCCAACUGGAUUCCCUCAAAACCUCCAGUCGGAAGGCACCACGUCAACAUCCACCCAGCUGUCCUGGCAGCCACCGGUCCUGGCUGAGAGAAACGGCGCCAUCACCAAGUAUACCCUUCUGUAUAGGGACAUCAACACCCCCCUUCUUCCGGUGGAGCAGCUCAUUGUCCCGGCUGACACCACUCUGACACUCAGUGGCUUAAAACCAGAUACCACAUAUGAUGUAAAAGUACGUGCUCACACGAGCAAAGGGCCCGGGCCGUAUAGUCCCAGUGUCCAGUUCAGGACACUGCCUGUGAAUCAAGUGUUUGCAAAAAAUUUUCAUGUCAAAGCAGUAAUGAAAACUUCGGUGCUGCUGUCUUGGGAGAUUCCAGAGAAUUAUAAUUCUGCCAUGCCUUUCAAAAUUCUUUAUGAUGAUGGUAAAAUGGUAGAAGAAGUGGAUGGCCGAGCUACCCAGAAGUUAAUUGUCAACCUGAAGCCUGAGAAGUCAUACUCAUUUGUGCUGACAAAUCGUGGCAACAGUGCUGGGGGGCUGCAGCAUAGGGUAACUGCUCAGACUGCACCCGAUGUUCUGCGCACCAAGCCCGCCUUCAUCGGGAAGACUAACUUGGAUGGCAUGAUUACCGUGCAACUGCCCGAAGUACCUGCAAAUGAGAACAUAAAAGGUUACUACAUAAUAAUUGUGCCUUUGAAGAAAUCUCGUGGGAAAUUUAUCAAGCCAUGGGAGAGUCCAGAUGAAAUGGAAUUAGAUGAGUUGCUUAAAGAGAUAUCUAGGAAACGCAGAAGCCUCCGUCAUGGAAGAGAAGUUGAAUUAAAGCCAUAUAUUGCCGCUCAUUUUGAUGUCCUUCCCACCGAGUUCACCCUGGGGGAUGACAAACAUUAUGGUGGAUUUACAAACAAGCAACUCCAAAGUGGUCAAGAAUAUGUCUUCUUUGUGUUAGCAGUGAUGGAACACGCAGAGUCUAAGAUGUAUGCAACCAGCCCUUACUCCGAUCCCGUUGUGUCAAUGGACUUGGACCCACAGCCAAUCACAGAUGAAGAAGAAGGCUUGAUUUGGGUUGUAGGGCCUGUGCUCGCAGUGGUCUUUAUCAUCUGCAUUGUCAUAGCUAUUCUUCUUUAUAAAAGGAAGAGGGCAGAAUCUGACUCUAGAAAGAGCAGCAUACCAAACAGUAAGGAGGUCCCUUCACACCAUCCAACAGACCCAGUAGAACUGAGGCGCCUUAAUUUCCAAACACCAGGUAUGGCUAGCCAUCCUCCAAUACCUAUCUUGGAACUUGCAGAUCACAUUGAAAGGUUGAAAGCAAAUGACAACUUGAAGUUUUCCCAGGAAUAUGAGUCGAUUGACCCUGGCCAGCAGUUCACAUGGGAACAUUCAAACUUGGAAGUAAACAAACCAAAGAAUAGAUAUGCAAAUGUAAUCGCUUAUGAUCAUUCUCGAGUUCUCCUAUCAGCAAUAGAAGGUAUCCCAGGAAGUGACUAUGUGAAUGCCAAUUACAUAGAUGGCUACAGGAAACAAAAUGCCUAUAUUGCAACACAGGGAUCUCUACCGGAAACAUUCGGGGACUUCUGGAGAAUGAUAUGGGAACAGCGGAGUGCCACAGUUGUUAUGAUGACAAAACUAGAAGAGCGAUCCAGGGUGAAGUGUGACCAGUACUGGCCCAGCAGGGGCACGGAAACUCAUGGUCUGGUCCAAGUGACGCUGCUGGAUACAGUGGAGCUGGCCACGUAUUGUGUGCGAACAUUUGCACUUUACAAGAAUGGUUCAAGUGAGAAGAGAGAAGUAAGACAAUUCCAGUUCACUGCCUGGCCUGAUCAUGGUGUUCCAGAACACCCAACACCUUUUCUAGCUUUCUUACGGAGAGUCAAAACCUGUAACCCUCCUGAUGCAGGUCCGAUGGUUGUACACUGCAGCGCGGGAGUUGGCCGGACUGGGUGUUUCAUUGUAAUAGAUGCCAUGUUAGAAAGAAUAAAGCAUGAAAAAACUGUAGAUAUUUAUGGCCAUGUAACUUUAAUGAGAGCCCAGAGGAAUUACAUGGUUCAAACAGAAGACCAAUACAUCUUUAUCCAUGAUGCACUGUUGGAGGCAGUGACUUGUGGAAAUACCGAAGUGCCAGCUAGAAACUUGUAUGCCUACAUUCAGAAGCUGACACAAAUAGAAACAGGAGAGAAUGUCACAGGAAUGGAGCUCGAAUUUAAGCGUCUAGCCAGUUCUAAAGCUCACACCUCAAGAUUCAUCAGUGCCAAUCUUCCAUGUAAUAAAUUCAAAAAUCGCCUUGUUAAUAUUAUGCCAUAUGAAUCCACAAGGGUGUGCCUGCAGCCUAUCCGAGGAGUAGAAGGAUCUGAUUACAUCAAUGCCAGUUUUAUUGAUGGAUACAGACAGCAGAAAGCUUACAUCGCUACCCAGGGGCCCUUGGCAGAGACCACUGAAGACUUCUGGCGGAUGCUCUGGGAACACAAUUCCACCAUUGUUGUGAUGCUCACCAAGCUGCGUGAGAUGGGUAGAGAGAAAUGUCACCAGUACUGGCCAGCAGAACGAUCUGCAAGAUACCAGUACUUUGUUGUUGAUCCCAUGGCUGAGUACAACAUGCCACAAUAUAUCCUAAGAGAAUUCAAGGUCACAGAUGCCAGGGACGGGCAGUCCCGAACCGUGAGGCAGUUCCAGUUCACUGACUGGCCAGAGCAGGGAGUGCCAAAGUCUGGAGAAGGAUUUAUUGACUUCAUUGGCCAAGUCCAUAAAACAAAAGAGCAGUUUGGCCAAGAUGGACCCAUUUCAGUCCAUUGCAGUGCGGGCGUUGGAAGAACUGGAGUCUUCAUAACACUAAGCAUUGUUUUGGAAAGAAUGAGAUAUGAAGGAGUAGUAGAUAUCUUCCAGACUGUCAAAAUGUUAAGAACACAACGACCAGCCAUGGUGCAGACAGAGGAUCAGUAUCAGUUCUGCUAUCGAGCCGCGCUAGAGUACCUGGGCAGCUUCGAUCACUAUGCAACGUAG